GUGCUUCCGUCAGACACACACCCAAACACAGCGCAGGGCACUGCGGGUUCGACAGGAGAAAGCGGAGGCUCAGCAGGUGAACACACGCCAGCAGCCGUGAUGAAGAUGCUCCUCAGCUUUGUGCUCCUCUCCCUCCUCUUCCCCCCAGCUUUGGCACUGGAGUGCUACGUGUGCAGUAAUGCUACCACCAACGAACAAUGCAACCAGAACUCUCAGGUGUGUCAGUCACCGCUGAACACGUGCAUGACAACCGUCGACACUCAAGGUCAAGCCAAAGCCAUAGUGAAGCAGUGUGCCAGUGAGGCCACGUGCAACGGAGCGGCCGCGUCCUCCUCAGUCGAUGCAAACGGAAACGGAAACUCCGUCAACUGCUGCAACAGCUUCAACUUGUGUAACUUUAGCGGCGCCGAGUCCGUCCGCGUGCACACGACCCUUCUCCUGCUCACUGGAGUUGUGUUACGACUGUUGUCACUGUGACGUGCCAACUCUGUAUAGAAGCGGAGGACGCUCUAAGUUACCCUGCUCUGUAUAGGACAUUGCUGGGAUAAAUGUGUCUGAAUAGAAUAGAUCUAUACAGGCUGUAAUAUGAGGUAAUAUUAUAUUAUUUAAAAAAUGUUUCUUUCUAAUUCUAUUGAAGACUGUGCUGUAAACACACAAUGCUCCUAUUAAUACUCCUGUUUAUACAUGAUUGACAUAUGAACCUGUUCGUCCCUCUUAACAUACAGUCUAUGGUCCAUCCUGUGGUUGUACUGCACAUCAUGAGAAGGCUAAAUGUAUUGUAUUGGUGUGGCCAAACUGGACCCAUACUCUAAACUCAGCAGGAGAUCUGCCAUUUUGAAUUUAUUGGUAAAUAUUUUUGGUAAAACUGUAUGAAUCUUUGAAAGUCUGAUAAGAUUUUUGACCUUAACUAGCCUGGAGGUUGGGAUUUUGUCCAGCGCCAUAUUCAUAAACCUUUUGCAGCAAAUAUAGACGCCCUCUUCUGGUCAUUCAAGAAAAUACAGGUUUCAGGCUCUCCAGUAUUAACCCUUCACCAGAUGACACAAUCCUGGGCACAUGCAGUCUGAUAAAGUCUAGUUUUGGGCUUAAUUAUUUGUUUUAUUAUAGUAGAACCGAAAUGAAAUGUAAUUUUAUGUUCAGGUAUCAUUUCCCCUCCUUUUUGGAAAGAAUCCAAAUGGACUACAACAUGGAGCCUCCCUUCACACACCAACAUUAACCAACUCUAGUUUCUAGAAAUAAAGAAUCUGAAAGGAUUGAAAAAUAAUAAAUCUAUCUUGGAUAAGAA